GCUGAAUGACCUAUGAUAUAUUUACUCGUUCUCAACUCCAGGUAUCGCCGCAUCGCGGAUGUUAACUUCAUUUUCCAAACUUAUUUACGUAUGGUCAGUUAAACAAAAGUAACAGACUGGAAUUUGCAUAAGCCUUGAUUGUCUCCAACAUCAUCUAAUGUUGGUGACGUCACACAGUUUCGGAAAAUUAGCGCACCUCCGCUAUAUUGUAUUGUUGUCAACGUCAUAGAAUGUUUUCAUGUUCUGUAAGGUGAUGAGGUGAUAGGAACAAACAUAACUGAGGAUGAAAAUAUUGUUUUGUGUUCAUGCUUGCUCAUGAUUAUCCAUAGGAUGGAGGUGAUUUUGUUUGUUGCCACGAUUCUGCCUUGUCUGUGUAUGGGUCAUUCAGACACACGUGUGCGGUUGACGACGACACAUCCUGUCGCAGAGGGAGGAUCACUUAUUUUGUCGUGUUCGUUGACCAAUGACACCUCUACGCACGCCGCGUUUUAUUUCAAGAAUAGGACAGCCAUCGGAACAGUACGGCGUGCGGGAAACAGUUGUCAGAAUGGUACUACAGGUCAGGCGUGUUACAGGCGGUGUAGCUGUACCCGAGACGGUUCAUCCUUCUCCAUGAAUAUAUCUAAUGUGAAUAGAUCUUGGAACAAGGCACGUGUCUACUGUCAUACCGGCCACCUAAGUGUUGCUAGUAACACUACAGAGAUAACUGUAACAUAUGGACCUGAAGUGGAUCUUGUUUUCGCCAACACUACAGAAAAUACAACAAACUUUCAUCUGAAUUGUAAAGCUAGUGGUGAACCUGACCAGUACACAUACAGGUGGAAACACACGUUCGGAUCUACAGUGAUUAGGGACACAUUUGACAACGUGACGAGUUCAGGGUCUGUUAGUACACUGACCAUUCCCAAAGUGACCUAUCAGGACAUGGGGACGUAUGAAUGCAAAGCGAACAACGGAAAUAGGGAAGGAAAUGACCGGGGAUUUCUGUCAGUGCAGGGCAGACCACGAGCAAUCGAAGCACAACAGAGAUAUGUAACAGAGAAGGACAUCUCCCGUGACAUUAACAUAACCUUUGUCAGCUUUCCUAAACCAGUCAACACGACCAUCUUACGAUUAGACUCCGCUCUACCUCCUCACAGUGAACUUUCUGUCAAUGUCUCGUCUGUUCCGGUGACAAUGUCGUUCUACAACAAGAAUGUUUCUGUUGAUGGUUACAGGGUAGAGUUACACUUCAGCAAGUUUGAGACAAAACACCAAGGCCGUUAUAUGCUGUAUGUUUUGAAUACGUAUACUUACCAUUACAACUUUGAUAUAGCUAUAUCCGACAAGCCAGACUCCCCUACAUAUCUGAUAAUAGCGCAAAUCACGGACAGCAGCGCCAUCAUAUCGUGGACUCCAAUGGACGACAACGGGAAUAGUCAAACGUUUACAGUAAUUUGCCGAAACAGCGGGGGAAUACAGACUAAUGUCACCCUUAACCAUAGCGUUUCUUCCUACACCAUUAGAAAUCUUGACAUCUCAACAAAAUAUCACGUUACCCUUUAUGCAAGCAACGUCAAAGGAACCAGUGUUCACGUUACCAGCUCAUUUAAGACGAAAUCAGAAAAUACGACAACUGGAAACGCUGCCAUCAUUGGUGGAGCUGUAGGUACAGUGGCUGGAGUAAUCCUGAUUAUAGGUUUAGUGGCGGUCCUCAGGCGUCGCAGGCGACAUCAACCUGGACCAGAAGCCACAGAAGAGGAACCUGAUGAUGACAAUGAUGGAAUGAAACUUAAUGUGUUAUAUGAAUCUGCUGGUCCAAAUUACCUACAACAACCCGGUCCGAGUACCGGAAGUCAAUCUGGAGAUGUGUAUGCUGUUGUACAGAAGCCGCCGAAGUCAAGGGCAAAUGUCACAGAAACACAUGGUAAUGCAGAGGUACACAACUACCAGGGAGGCGUUCCUGAAUUAGCUAUGUAUGCGCAGGUACAGAAGACAGAGAAGGGAAAGGUCGAGAAAGAUGCGGAAGACGUAAAAAUCCCAAAGCAAGAGGUCCCAGAAUCAUCUGUAUAUUCUGAGGUGAAGAAAACCAGGAAAGCAAAGCUGGCUAAGGAAGAAGGAGUGGCUAAGGAGGACAUCGAAGUAGCUGAUGCUACUGGAAGACAGAAUAAAGGACAACACGAGGAUCUCUCUUAAAACGGAAAACUCCAAUGGUUCUGCACACAUAACAGGUUAUAUAAGACACAUAUUAAAUAGAGGUUCCCCAACGAGUGAUGGAUGGUUAUCAUGUUUAUCUAACUCGAGUUAGUUAAUUUUCAAAUUGUAUAA